CAGACGAAAAGUUACAAAAAAAAAACAACAAAGGUUUUGUUCGCCUUCUUUGAUUAUGUAGCAGAUAUUUGUUUCAGUGUAAUCACAUAUUGAUCAUCAAAUUCUACGUUUUCACGAGUCAAUGGCGCAUUGGGCUGGCACACAAAUUUAUCACUAACACUUGGCCUUACAUUUUGAGAAAAAAAUCACAAAUAGAGAGAAAAGUAAUUUUAAACAUUCAGCAGAAUCUGUACAAUGUUGGAAUCUGAAGAUCAAGUGGUGGAGGAGACAUUGGCAGUUGAAGAUGAGGAGGAAUCUUUAUUUCAAGAUAUUGAUCUGUUACAAAAUCAUGGAAUUAAUGUUGCAGACAUAAAGAAACUGAAACAAGUUGGAAUUUGUACAAUAAAGGGAGUACAGAUGACCACAAGAAAGAAGCUUUGUAAUAUUAAGGGCAUAUCUGAGGCAAAGAUGGAGAAAAUCAAAGAAGCUGCAAAUAAACUUAUUGAUCCAGGUUUCCUGACUGCUUUGGAAUAUGCUGAUAAAAGGAAACAAGUGUUUAAUAUCACCACAGGGAGUCAAGAACUCGACAAGUUGUUGGGUGGGGGAAUAGAAAGUAUGGCAAUAACAGAAGCAUUUGGAGAAUUCAGAACUGGUAAAACCCAGCUUUCACACACACUUUGUGUGACAGCCCAACUUCCUGGGGCAAAUGGAUACACUGGAGGGAAAGUGGUGUUUAUAGAUACAGAAAAUACUUUUCGUCCUGACCGUCUUAGAGAUAUAUCAGAUAGAUUCAAUCUGGACCAGAGUGCUGUUCUGGAUAAUGUUCUUUAUGCCAGGGCAUAUACAAGUGAACACCAGUACGAACUGCUAGAUUAUGUUGCUGCCAAGUUUUAUGAAGAAAGUGGAGUCUUCAAACUUCUUAUUGUAGAUUCCAUCAUGGCACUGUUUAGAGUUGACUUCAGUGGUAGGGGUGAGUUGGCUGACAGACAGCAGAAACUAGCACAGAUGUUGUCUAGACUGCAGAAAAUAGCCGAGGAAUACAAUGUAGCGGUUUUCAUUACAAAUCAAAUGACAGCUGAUCCGGGCGCUGCUAUGACGUUUACAGUAGACCCGAAGAAGCCGAUAGGAGGUAAUAUUCUUGCACAUGCCUCAACAACAAGACUAAGCCUGAGGAAAGGGAGAGGCGAAACGAGAAUUUGUAAAAUAUACGACAGCCCGGACAGACCAGAGAGUGAGGCUACGUUUGCUAUCACGCCUGGCGGAAUUUCAGAUGCUAAAGAAUAGAGUUUCAGUGUCUUCCUGUUGGGGUUACAAUGGGCAGCUAUAUAUCUUACCUGAAGUAAACAUUAUUGUUACCAUACCUUAAUAAACAUAGAACAGAAUAGAAUACAACAUGGAUUGUGUGUGUUUUAACAAAGUAUUAAUUAAAAUAACCAUGAAUUGUUAUAGGUUGUGUUUCAUAAGGCAUAGACAAGUUCAUGACAACUAAAGGUUUUUAAAGAGUGUAUAUUCAGUGUUAUAAAAUAAUAGAUACUUGGAGCAACUGCCGUAUGAGAUAUAUUAGUUACAAUGUGAUAAAAAGUAUACAUGUUUAUAUUUAUUUGUUCUUUAUUGUUAACUGUUUAUUACAUAUUUACAUUAUACAUUUCAAUAAUGUUGAAAUUUUAACACUGCCUGGUAAAUUUUUAAUUGAUAUAUUGCAUAUAUUUUGAAACUGAAAUAAAAUGUUGUUUGAACGCUU